UUUUUUUCCGAGCUCAGAAAGCAACACCAUGGGUUGUGUUUCUUCCAAUCUCUUCAACCAUGACGAUGACUUCUCCCAGAUCGGCAGCUCCGCCUUGAGCCACCACAUCGUCUCCCUCACCUCCUCCACCUACGGCCUCCUCACACUCGACCCUCCCCCUUCCUCCACCUCUACCCCCCUCACCCCACCUCCCCGCUUCACAUUCGGCUCCAUCUUCCCGGCCCCCCUCUCCGAGCCCAGGUCCCUCUGGUCCGACCCGAAGCCCCUCCGGUCCGACCCCGAAGUCAUUAACUCAUGGGAGCUCAUGGACGGCCUCGACGCCGAAAGCUUCCGCUUCUCGCCUCUUCCGCCGCCCAAGCCGUUCUCGAUCCGGACCCCGAGAACCGCGGAUCAAGAGAACUCCAACCCGAACCGGGUUAGCCGGUCUGUCUUGGACCGGUUCGAGAGGAUAUGCCCUCCGGGCGGAGAGAGCAAGGUCGUGCUAUAUACGACGUCGUUGCGGGGAGUUCGGAAGACUUUCGAGGCGUGUAAUGCGGUGCGGUCGGCGGUCGAGAAUCUCGGAGUGAUGGUCUGCGAGCGUGACGUGUCGAUGGAUCGGGGGUUCCGGGAAGAGCUGAGCGAUUUGAUGGAGGGGAAAGACAAAGAGGCGGCGGUGCCGCCCAGGUUGUUUGUCAAGGGAAGAUAUGUGGGUGGAUCCGAGCAAGUUUUGAAGAUCGUGGAGGAGGGUUUGUUGGGUCAGAUUCUAGAUGGGCUGCCCAAGAAGCGGGCCGGGUCGGUUUGCGAAGGGUGCGGGGAAGCCAAGUUCUUGCCGUGUUUUCAGUGCAAUGGGAGCUCCAAGAUGGUGCUGGUGGUGAAGGAGGAGGCGGUGGGGAUGAGAGGAGGAGGCGCCGGCACGGUGGUGGUGAGGUGUCCCGAGUGUAAUGAGAAUGGGUUGGUGCUUUGCCCUAUUUGUAGCUGAUUGCUCGAAUCUAACCUUCUGCUGCUGUGUUUUGUAAGAUGUUUCUGAAGAGACUCUUCUUGAGUUUCUGGAAAUAUAAUGCUUAUGUGUCUCCUGUUUUUGUAUGUUUAUAUAUGUAUGUUGUGGUUUGGGAA